AUGUUCGACCUUAAUACCUCAGAUACGCAAAGAUGCUCAAAGAUUCACGAUAUACUUGUCCGAUCCAAGUUAGAUGUGCAAGAAUUUGAAGAAGCUGUACGAAACACCUACUUGAAGGAGCUUCCGUUUAGCGUUUCUUUGGGAUUAGCUAUUGCGUUUCAACAAAAGUACAUGGAACUACAUGUUUUCACCAUGAAUCGUGAUGAUUUGAAGCAAUUACGGAACAAGGUAAUCCAUAAUCUCUCCUUCCCUCUCAAUCAUCAAGACGAGAAUCAAAAAGCUAUUGCUCUUUCACUUCUUCAUGUAUUGACUCUAGCAUCGAAAGAUACGCUUCUGAGAGACAUUGAACAACUGAAAGAGAUUUCAUCAACAAGAAACAACCCUGUUGAGGUUGUAAAAACAGGCUAUUUCAUUAUUUCUUUAUGUUGUUGUACAACGUUAGACUACGAAUCAUUAAUCCAUUCAUGCAACAGCAUUUUGAACGACUCGUCACCCACAUUGUGCCCAAACGAUUUUCUUUACAUUGCCUUAGUUUUGUAUGAAGUAGGAUGGAAACGAAAAAAUUUUCCUUUUCUAAGAGACGCCUUUAUUAUAAUUUCAAACACCCUGUUAGUAACUCCACUACUUGAGAACGAACGAAUGAUCGGUGCUGUUGGUAAUAAGUUGUUUGAAAUGUAUUCAGAUUUGCAUCAUGCAGAGGGUUACUUGGAGUUUCUAGAAUUUGUUGGUAGAAGAAUUACCACCUCUUGCAACAACAUUGGAUUGAAGAAAUUUGCUGAGGAACUUAAAUGUGUUUUGAAACAACCGUUUGAAGAAGAUUUGAUGAGAUUUGAAAAGGGAGAGCAACAAUGUAUUUACAAGGCAUUGCAUUCGGUAUACAAUGACAACUCGGCAAAAUCAUACUUUACUAGAGGUUACAAAUUGUCAAAAAUUGAUCGCACCGCUUUAGAACAGGGAUUUGAAUUGGAUUUCAAUGAGCGACUUAUUCUUCUUUGCAAUUGCAUCCAUAACUUUCAUGAUAUUCUAACGAGGAAUGUUAUGGACAAUCUUUCUUUCACUAAGGGAUGUCGAAUUUUAGAGAGUCAUCUAAUAUUCAAUGUAGAAGCUUAUGAUUAUGCCAUAACCAAUUUUAUUGAGCUCAUCCUACAUCCAUCCAACCCAUCACCAACAUGCAUGAACAAUUUCAAUGAGCGCUUCUUUGUGUUAUUUAUUUCUUUGGUUUCAACUCGUUACAAAGAAAUUAAGCAAGCUGUCGAAAAAAAGGUGAAAGACAUUGAAGAAACCUCAGAUAUAGAUAACAAAGAGAGAAUGAAACAAGCAAUGACGAAACUACUCGAGUUUAUCGAAGAAAAAACAAUGGAAUUGAACAAGUGUAGAGAAGAUUUGGCCUAUUACAAGAACCUUAAAGGAGACAAACCAAUGAUGGAUAGGUCUUUAUACGGAUGGUACAUGCUUUCCAAACGUAAAGAAAUUACCCAAGUAGACGAUCCAUAUGAAUGGUCUUGCGAUGAUGCAUCAAGCGACGACGAUGACGAGAAUUAA